ACCGCUAACUCCGGCAUUUUUGCAAUAAAGAUAAACAGCUCACGGCGCACCGCAACACAAUGACGGAUACGCUACACUUCCGCUUGCGUGGUGACGUCGUUUCCGUUUCUCUUGGCAACAGAGAGACGCGGAGAAAAGAAAGGAGUGUUGUCUCAUAAAAGUCUUAGUUCAAAGACAAAAUGGCAGGAACUGAGCACGGUGAAGUUGAGGAAACCCUGAAGAGGAUUGAAGCCCAUAAAGGUGUGAUUGGAACAAUAGUUGUCAAUGCAAAAGGAAUUCCCAUUAGAACAACUUUAGAUAACUCCACAACAGUUCAGUAUGCAGGACUUCUUCGCCAUCUAACAAUGAUGGCCAGGAGCACAGUGAGGGACAUUGACCCUCAGAAUGACCUCAUCUGCCUCCGCAUCCGCUCCAAGAAACAUGAGAUCAUGGUUGCACCAGAGAGUGACUUUCUGCUAAUAGUCAUCCAGAACCCAUGUGAAUAGCUUCUGGACAUUUCCAUGAGAGUCAGCCUUUGGUUUGUCACAUGGUGGUGCUUUAUCCAGGCAAAAGAUAAUUUCCCACAGUGUUAUGUUGCUCCAUGUACUGCAUAAUGUACUUGUCUUCAUUUUUUCAUUUUACCUUGUGUGUUUCUUUCAUUUUAUGUCUCUGUGUUGCCACUGGGUAAGCUGCCAGUGAUUGUAAAAUACUUAUAGAUCAUCCCUGUUCAUUUUCAUUGGGGUGGCAAACUCAAUGAAAAACACAAAUAAAUAGGAUAAACAUGAAAAUGCUUGCAUACAGGUGUACUUCAUCAAACAAUUAAGAAAUUAACUAUGGUAUAUGAAGGUGUAUAAAAAUGCAGAGCUAGCUUUGAUUAGGACUUUAAAUCAAGAUUGUAAAAGGUAGAUAUAUAAUUUACUCUAAAAGAGACAGUAUUGGGCCAAAGAAGUUCAGUCACAAAGGAGGAUCAGUUAAUUAAAGCUGAGCAAUCCUCAUGACUGGAACUGAUCUGAACAGAAUUCAGUUUUAUCCAGUGGUGGACUUAUUUAGAUUAGUAACGUCACAGUGUAAAAGUGUGCAGACUCUUUAAAUUGCUAAGUAACAAUAGCUGUCCAAUUAAUGCAUUAAAGUAAAAGAUACAAUGUUUUUUAAAUGUACAAGAAGUAUAUGUAUGUAAAAUGUUUGACACAAAGACCAUCUUCAAGAUUGAGUGAAUGAAGAGUCCCCAUUCAUGUUUUAUCAUACCAUUUAAUACGCCUGUCUCCUAAAUACUCCCACAUAUGAUCCCUCCAUUAUUAGGUAAAGUUGUCAUUACCAUGCAUAUCAAUUAUCAACAGUUUAAAUACCAAAUUUUAAAAAUUCACCAAAAUCUGUGGAAACCCAAACAUGACCUCAAUACUGAACCAUGGGCACAAUAAACUCCUUUAACAGCC